AUGGCCGAAUUCGAUUAUUCUCCAAAGGUUCAAGAACUGCUUGAAUACGAUAAAAAUCAUCUAUGGCAUCCUUACACUUCCAUGAGUAAACCGCUACCGGUGUAUCCUGUCAAGUCUGCAACCGGUGCCACGAUUACUUUGGAUGCGAAAACUAAAGAUAAAGAAAAUGUUACCUUGGUGGAAGGGAUGUCCUCAUGGUGGUGUAUGAUCCACGGCUAUAACAAUGCUGAAAUAAAUGAAGCGAUGAUCUCUCAGAUUAAGAGUGUCUCGCAUGUUAUGUUCGGGGGCCUCACACACGCGCCUGCUAUCGAAGUGACUCAAAAGUUGCUGAGACUCGUUGACCAUGAAAAGCUUCAAUGCUGUUUUCUUGCGGAUUCCGGUUCGGUGGCAGUAGAAGUAGCAAUGAAGAUGGCAAUGCAAUACGAAUUCACAAGAAGCGGCGACAAAACUAGCAAAAGUAAGUUUCUAACAAUCCGCAACGGGUAUCAUGGCGACACUUUUGGGGCAAUGAGCGUGUGCGAUCCCGUAAGCUCUAUGCACUCGAUCUACAGUGGAUGCUUGCCAGAAAACAUUUUCGUUUCUGCACCUAGUAUGUUGGAAACUUUGCCAACUUCACAAGUUUUCGAACAGACGCCCGAGAUUUUUGGCGGGAACGUAAAGUGGGAUGAACAUGACAUUCAUGACUUCAAGAAAGCCAUCGAAGAGCGUCACAAAGAGAUAUGUGCUGUGAUAUUGGAGCCCCUUUUGCAAGGCGCUGGAGGCAUGAGACUUUACCAUCCACAAUUCAUCAUCGAGGUGCGGAAGCUCUGUACGAAAUUCGAUAUUCCACUAAUAAUGGACGAAAUAGCUACUGGGUUUGGUAGGACAGGUGCGAUGUUUGCCUUUCAUCAUUGCAAAACGUACCAGGAGAAGAUGGGGGUAGCGCAAGAGGAGAUGGUGGAUGUUUACCCUGAUAUCCUAUGUGUUGGGAAAGCAUUGACUGGAGGUUAUAUGACGCUGAGCGCAGUGGUCGCCGCUGAUCAUAUCAAGGACGUAGUGUCACAUUCGGCUAGUGCUACCGGGGGAUGUUUUAUGCAUGGUCCAACCUUCAUGGGAAAUCCGUUGGCCUGUAGUGCGGCUAACAAGUCAAUGGAGAUUCUGUUGAAAGGAAAUUGGCGCCAGCAGGUCAAUGAUAUCGAGGCACAGCUUGUUAAGGAACUUUACUUGGCGCUCAAAAAUGACACGGAACUUAUGAGCUCUGUCAUUCAAAGUGUUCGUGUGACUGGUGCGGUGGGGGUCGUGGAGCUGAAGCAGCCAGUGGACUCCGCGUGGUUCCAUCAACAGUUUGUUUCCAGAGGUGUAUACGUGAGACCCUUCAACAAGCUGGUUUACAUUAUGCCACCCUACAUCAUAAGUGCAGAAGAGCUAACCAAGGUCACUCAGACGAUUAUUGAGGUUAUAAGAUUAUGGCAGUCGAAGCUUAUCGACCAGGGAAAUAUAUAG